AUGACUAGCCAACACCCAUAUUCACUUAGUCCAAAACGCCCACAAACCUUAACUAGUUUGCAUCCCCGUGUAUCAUUUGCAGACCAAACGCAAGUUCUUCCAAAUACUUCAUUUUCCCAUUAUAAACCUCCGAUCCCAAAAAAUCUCAAAAUAAAAGAUCUUCAUCAUUCCUCAUCGCUUACUUCUCCCCUUAAAAGCAAAUCAAAAUCCUAUAUCCUCUUCUCACUAAAUAUUUAUGUUUUAAUUAAUUUUUACACAUUUAAAAAAAACCCUUAACCAUUCACUUUUAUCAUAUAUAGUUCUCUACAAGAACAAAGCUCCUAUAUAGAGUCUCCCAAUAAAACCUUUAUGGUAAUUUAUAAUCAGACUGAAAACGAAUUUUGAUCAAAUGACCAGCUUAAAAUUGUUGAAAGGUAUUUAUAAUGCAGACUUGAGAAUACUAUUAAAGAAAAAAACGCAUUAAUUUAUGAUUUAGAAAGAGAAAAUAAAUCAUUGAAAGACCAAUUGGAUGAAGCCAAUGCACAUUUAAAGAAAAUUUUGAAAAAAUCGAAUUAUAUGAAAGAAAGGAUUGAGUCUACAAAUGAGUGAAGGCUAAGGGCGCUUGACGCUAACUUAGAAUCAAGCAAAAAGCUCAGCGAAAUUUAUACCACAAACCAAUUAUUAGAAAGGAAAUAUAAAGAUUUAGAAAAGUUGCAUUUGAACGCAAGGAAUAAAAUGAUGGGAAUGGACCAAAAACUGAAAAAAGCUUAUAAGGAUAUUGAAGAUAUGAAAGAAAAUUAUGAAAAUAGUGAAUUUAAAAUUGAGGCAAAUCGGACUAUGAAAAUGAAAUGUUUAUAUUUAUACCAAUUUAAAUUAAUUUAUUAAAAAUAAAAAAAAUCAGGACUUUAUGUCUUAUUUAUAUAAAUAAAAAAAAAUAUUAAAAAACUUGUUUAGUAAAACCCCACCCAAAGUUGUCCUCAUGAAAUAUAUGGAACUAGAAGACUGAUUUAUGCCAACCUUAUGCAGGAUUGUUGAACUAAACAACUCCAUUGAAAUUUUGAAUUUAGAAGGAAAUUUAUUUACUGAUAAAUGCUUGCCUGCGUUAUGUGACUUAAUUUCUACCACAACAGGAAAUCUCACAAAAAUCAAUUUAAACUUCAAUAAAAUUGGUGUCGAUGGGGCUUGGGAGAUCAUGAAAGCGAUACAAAUAAGAGAUGAAAAUACAAGAAAUGCAGACAAUAAAAUGAUCAAAAAAAUAAAAUUGAGCUAUAAUUUGAUAGAAAGGCCUAAUGAGCUGUUUUUAAAAGCUUGGGAUUUUUUAAAAGGUGCAAGAGAAGCAAUUCCUCAUUUGACUGUAAAACGAAAAGAUUUAGCCAAUGCCAGUGCAAUGUCAGCAAAUAAAGUAUUUAAGCAAUUUAUUGACAAUUUUCACGACAUUCGUGAAGUAAAAAUGCUGAUGUCUGUUUUAGAUCGAAUUAUUAUUGUAGAGACAAAUACAGAAGAAAUUUCCACAAAAUUUCAAAAAAAUAAAUGGACGGCUGUAAAAAGCUAUACCAAUUUAUAUUAAAAUCAUCUCCACAAGCUUUAUUUUUUAUAAUAAAUAAAUCAAUGAAAAUUAUAUAUCAAAGCUCAAUUCUUGAAAAAUAUUCACAAGAUAUAAAAAAUAUGAAUUUAAAUGGAAUCACCGCAGACCCUGUAGAAAAACACAACAUGAUUUCUACCCUUAUAAAAAAUGACGAUGAAUUUGUUAGAAAUAAAUUUAUCGGGGAACAUCAAAAAAAAGUUGAAACACAAAAUACAGAAAAUCAUCAAGAAUUAGAUAUAAGGAGACUAUUACAAAAAAAGCCAGGAUUUCCGCUGAGUGCAGUAGAAAAUGCACUAAAAGAAGGUGUUGAUAUAAAUUCUUUUGAUAAAGUAUUAGAUAUGACGCUACUUAUAUAUGCAGCGAGUAUUGGGAAUUUAAAGCUUGCACAGCUACUUGUAAGGAAAAAUGGAAAUUUAGAGCUCAGAAAUGUAAUUUAUAAUCAGAAAAAAGGGGAGGAUGCGUUUUUAAUUGCAUGUGACAAUGAUCGAUAUGAUAUUUGUGAAUUUUUAUAAUGAGUUGAGAUGAAUUUAUAAUAAAUUAAGCAAAUUUAUCAGAAAAUUUUGAUUAAAAGACAAUAAAAUACUUUUUAGUGGCUGCAAAAUUAAUUCGUCUGAUAUAAAAGGCGCAAAUGCUAUACACAAAGCUGUCAGAAAAGGAAAAUCUCACUCUAUAUGUCGAUUAGUCGAAAUGGGAAUGUCCGUCAACUGAGUCGAUAAUCGGUCGAAAACGCCUUUACAUUAUGCUGCAGUUUCUGGAAAUACAGAAAUCGGGGCUUUAUUAGUGCAGCUAGGCGCAGAUUUAAACCCUAUUGAUAGUAAAGGAAGAAGCCCUGCUGCAUUAGCUGAAGACAAAGAAAAAUUCCACUUCGCUGAUCAGCUUGUAAAACUAGGAGCCAAAAAAUUAAGAGCAGUUAACACUACACAAGAAGAAGAGGAUAAAAGCAAUUAUUUUCAAAAAAAGUAAGAAAUAAAUAGUCUGCCGCUUGCAAGGGUUGCUGAAGAUGUUUCGAAAACGCUUUUUGACGCAUCAAAAAUGUAUAAGGAACUACAAAGAGCUCAAGAAAUUAUUGAUACUAAAUUUCAAAAUAAUUAA